AUGAAGACUGAAGUCCGGCGGAAAGUGGCCCAAGCACGGGCGGCCAUAGAGGGGACCUCGGCGGACUGCGCCCCGGUGCCAGUCAUCCUCACCGCGAUGCAGCAGCGCAUCUGUAAUCUUCUUGGAGAAGCCACAAUCAUCAGCAUACCUGCAGGGGACUCAGAUGCAGAAAUAACUUUACCAGUGACUGCUGCAGCCACUGUCACGCUUACAGAAACUCUACCUGCUGGCACAGCUGCUGUAUGCGAGGAUGACUCAAAGUCGUUAAACGUUGAAGCCACGUACCACUCGCUGGAGGACCCAGGAGUUGGAGUUGUGGAGUACUGCACCACCACAGUGGAGGGAGCUGCUCCCACCAUGGUGACUGCUGUGGAGGCUCCAGUGGAGAUGUUGGCCUCCUCCUCUGAAUCACUACCUCAGACUCAAGCCAAACCUCAGGAGCUGAAGAGUCGCAUUGCUCUGAACUCUGCUCGCUUACUGCAGGAGCAGCGUGUCACUAAUGUGCACAUCAGACAGAUUGCACAACACUUGGAGGGACAUACUGAGCUACUGCAAAUGAUGAGACGCUCUCAGGAGGCCCAGGCAUUUGCCCAGGAGAGACAAGCACAGGCUCUGGAGGGGACACAGGCUGCUCUUCUGGCACUAGUACAGAUACUCAGACCAGCUCUAAAGGACAUACGGACGGUCCCUAACUCAACUGGAGCAUCUGGUGACUCCAAAACUCCGCACAAAGUAAAGCGGGGAAUAUCAGGAUUAGAUCUGUACGCGGAAGAUCGCAAACGGGACCCGGUCUCUGCAGCAAUGCUCACGGCUCGCUCUGACCGACUGAACGGACACUUCGCCUUGGCCAAGGCUAAGGCUGCCUGCCUUGUCAUUGGUCUAAGCUGGAACAGAAGAAUUGAAAAUGGCAUCCAAAGCAGGAGACAACCCUGA